CACUGAUGAUCAGUGUGCCCUGAUGAUCUGUGUAGCCCCAGCAGCGCCACCUGUCAGUGUCCAUCAGUGCCAGCUGUCAGUGCUCAUCCAUGCCACCUGCCAGUGCCACAUUUCAGUUCCCAUCUGAGCUGCCUUUCAGUGUCACCCAUCAGUGCCAGUCAGUGAUACCUAUCAAUGCCUAUCAGUGCCGCCUAUCAGUGCCAUAUAUGAGUGCUGCCUUUCAUGCCACCUAUCAGUGUCCAUCAGUGCAGCCUCAUUAGCCCAUAUCAGUGAAGGAGAAAAAUCACUUAUUUACAAAAUGUUUUAA